CAGAGUGAACCGUUAUCCGGAUGUAAACACCGACAGAAAUCCCGUCAAUGUUCCGUUUAAUAUCGCGAUCAGAGAUGCAGCAACACGCUGAAGAACCGGAUGUAGGUUUAAAAGCGGAAGCUGAGCUGAGAGCAACAGAUGUGAAGCAGCUGCUGGUGAAUAAAGACAAUGUUCUGUCUGAACAGUGGAACCUCAGUUUGGAACAGGAGGUGCAAACCCAGCCCCCCCACAUUAAAGAGGAACAGGAGGAACAGCGGAACAGUCGGGAGGGAGAACCGCUGGAGGAGGAGGAUGUAACUUUUGUAAAGAGUGAAGAACAUGAAAGUUCAGACGUCCAGCAGCUGAUGGUGACUGAUGAAGAGGUUCCUAGUGUGGAGCAGGAGAACCCAGAGCUCCUCCACAUUAAAGAGGAGCAGGAGGAACCGUGGAGCAGUCAGUCAGAAUCAGUUUGUGGACUGAAUCCAGAGAGUUCACAUGUGGACGCUGUGACAGGCUCAGGAUUAAAGACGGAGGUUGGUGAAGUAAACUGGACGGAGGCGAGUGAACCUCAGUUGGUUUUGAAAUCCCUGAAAAUCAUUGAAGUCCCUGCAGCUGAUGUGAGAGGAAAGAAAACCUACAGCUGCUCCGAGUGCGGGAAAAUAUUUGGCCGCAGUCCACACCUGAAGAUUCACAUGAGAACUCACACGGGAGAGAAACCAUUCAGCUGCCCGGUGUGCGGGAAAAGUUUCACACAGAAAGUAAAUCUGAUGUAUCACAUGUCCGUCCACACGGGGGAGAAACGAUUCAGCUGCAGCUUCUGCGACGAAAGGUUCACGUGGUACACGCAACUGAAGAGUCACCAGUGUGUCUGUCUUCAUCCGAGACAGACGGAGGAGAACAGGGAGGCUGAUCCUGGAGAGAAACCAUUCAGCUGCUCCGAGUGUGGGAAAGUGUUUAGCCGCAAAGACAAUCUGAACAUUCACAUGAGGAUCCACACGGGAGAGAGACCGUUCGGCUGCUCCAUGUGUGGGAAAAGCUUCAAACAUGGAGGACACCUGACGCAGCACAUGUCCGUCCACACGAAGGAGAACAGGUUCAGCUGCGACGUUUGCGAAAAAAGAUUCACGUGGCUUUAUCAGCUCAAAAGACACAAGUGUGGUGGUGAAUCCUUGCAGCUUCAUGACCUGUGGACCAAUCAGGAGGGAGACCAGCUUCAAGGACUGGAGGAGGCUGAUAUCAAGUUCACAUUGACUCCUGUCGCUGUGAAGAGUGAAGAAGAUGAAGAGACACCUCAGUCGUCACAGCUUCAUCAGAGUCAGACUGAGGAGAACAGAGCGAAUUGUGGAGGACCAGAACCAGCCAGGAACUCAGGUCCUGAUGGACAUUUACAACCAGGUCCUGAGGACAAGACUGAAGACUCCUCUAAAUUUAAAUCUAAAGCGUUUGAUAAAAAAUUGAAGCAGAGAAAUGAACCAUGUUUAAACUUUGUAAAUGAUUCAGGAUGUAACGCUGUUAAAAAAUCCUUCAGCUGCUCCCAAUGUGGGAAGGUAUUUGGCCGGAAGGAACAUUUACAGACACACGUGAGAAUUCACACAGGAGAGAGACCGUUUAUCUGCUCCGAGUGCGGGAAAACAUUCGGCUGCAAGAGGUCGCUGCUGGGUCACAUGACGAGUCACACGGGAGAGAAACCGUUCAGCUGCUCUCGAUGUGGGAAACGAUUCGGCCGCAUGGUGAAUCUGAAAACACACGAGAGGCUUCACACGGGAGAGAGACCGUUCAGUUGUCCUUUCUGCGGUAAAGGUUUCACACAGAAGGUGCACAUGACUCAACACAUGGCCGUCCACACGGGAGAGAAACAGUUCAGCUGCAGCGUGUGCGGAAAAAAGUUCACGUGGCUGUCUGGGUUCCGACGACACAAGUGUGGCGGCGAGCAGUCGGAGCAGGACGAAACCGAGGAGAUCUCAGAGGUUGAACUGGGCGACAAACCGUUUCGCUGCCGUGAGUGUGGGAACAGAUUUAAUCACAAACACAACCUGAAAGCUCACAUGAGAAUUCACACGGGAGAGAAACCGUUCAGAUGCUCCGUCUGCAGCAAAGGCUUCAUCGCCAGCGGAGCUCUGAAGAAACACUUGAGGACUCAUUCAGGUGAGAAGCCGUUCAGCUGCCACGUCUGCGCUGUGAGAUUCACACAGGGAGGGAAUCUGAAACGACACAUGGCACAGCACAGGGGAGAAGCACGAGAGAAACCAUUCAGCUGCUCGGUUUGUGCUAAAAGCUUCACACAAGUGUCAAAUAUGAAACGACACAUGAUGCAACACGACGCCAACGAAACGAGACGUUCACAGGAGGCGGGAAGUGAAGUCCAGACCUAAGAGAGCAUCAUGGGACGGCUGAAUAGGUCAAACUGUGGAUGUUCAUCACGUGACCUUUGAAGGAAGAUAUUUAUAUUGAAUGUAUUUUACUGUAUCAGAGCUUUAAAUUAAUUUAGCUUUUAUUAAAAAAUAAGACUGCACUAAAAAGAGACUCCAGCUCUUUGCUCAUCUCGUUUUAGAAAGUUGUUUUGACCCAUAAACUGCUUAUGAAGACGAUCAAUGACUGUAAAUAAAGACGACUCGUCUCCACUUCCUCCUGAAUUGACACAAAAAUAUGUCGGAUACGAACGUGGCCAGUUCUGUUUUUUGACGUCAUUUUCAGUCAGAGUGAGCAGUAGUGAUGGUGGAGUGGAGCCGUGGUAUCGAGGUCCCGCCCACACACUCUCAACCAAUCCUGAGUCAGUCUCAGCUGUCAAUCACGACAUCUCAGCCUGUUUUU